CUCCCAGGGUGCCGUGCGCGGGCGGAGCGGGGCGGGUUGUGUGCGCUGUCGGGGGUCGCGAGGGGUCCCAGACCUCGCGGCUCUGGGGCGCGGAGCCUGGGUCGGCCGGGACUACGCGGGAGCCGGCGGGAGCCGCCCCUCUGCGCGCCCUCCUGUGCCCCGCGAGCCGGGGCCGCGCGCCGCCGGGAUCUCCUCGGCCGGGUGUCUCGUUGGCUUUUUCUCUCGGCAACGCACGAUGGCGUCUGACUGCUUCUGAGCGACGCCCCGAGUCAGUGGCCCACCUGUGCCCCCGCCGCUGCCAGAGGGCUCUGGCAUGCCCCCUGCGAGGGCUGUCUGCGGAGCAGCAGGCGCCGAUGGCUUCCGAGGCCGUGAGUGGCGUGCGGGCGCGGGCGCAGCCGGCCAAGGGCAGGAGGCAGCCGCCCCCCGCCAAGGGCGCGACCCCCGCGCCCAGCGACGCCGACGGGGGCGACUCUUUCCUCUUUGAGGCCCACGAGGCUUGGAAGGAUUUCCACGGCUCUCUGCUGCGCUUCUACGAGAACGGGGAGCUCUGUGACGUCACCCUGAAGGUGGGGCCCAAGCUCAUCUCCUGCCACCGGCUGGUGCUGGCCUGCGGCAUCCCCUACUUCCGCGCCAUGUUCCUCUCGGAGAUGGCCGAGGCCCGGCAGACGCUGAUCGAGAUCCGGGACUUCGACGGGGACGCCGUGGAGGGCCUGGUCCGCUUCGUGUACUCGUCGCGCCUGACGCUGACGGUGGACAACGUGCAGCCGCUGCUGUACGCGGCCUGCAUCCUGCAGGUGGAGCUGGUGGCGCGCGCCUGCUGCGAGUACAUGCAGCUGCACUUCCACCCGUCCAACUGCCUGGCCGUCCGGGCCUUCGCCGAGAGCCACAACCGCACGGACCUCAUGGCCAUGGCCGACCAGUACGCCUGCGCGCACUUCCCCGAGGUGGUGGAGUGCGAGGACUUCGUCAGCGUGUCGCCCCAGCACCUGCUCAAGCUCCUGGCCUCCAGCGACCUGAACAUCGAGAGCGAGACGCAGGUCUACGCCGCCGCCCUCAAGUGGCUCCUGGCCAACCCGCAGCACCACUCCAAGUGGCUGGACGAGACCCUGGCGCAGGUCCGCCUGCCGCUGCUGCCGGUCGACUACCUCAUGGGCGUGGUGGCGAAGGAGCAGAUGGUCAAGCAGAACCUCAAGUGCCGAGACCUCCUGGACGAGGCCAGGAACUACCACCUGCACCGGAGCAGCAGGGCCGUGCCCGACUUCGAGUACUCCGUGCGCACCACCCCGAGGAAGCACACGGCGGGCGUGCUCUUCUGCGUCGGCGGCCGCGGCGGUGCAGGCGACCCCUUCCGCAGCAUCGAGUGCUACUCCAUCAGCAGGGACAGCUGGUUCUUCGGGCCGGAGAUGAACAGCCGGAGGCGCCACGUGGGGGUCAUCUCCGUGGAAGGGAAGGUGUACGCCGUGGGCGGCCAUGACGGGAACGAGCACCUGGGCAGCAUGGAGGUGUUCGACCCGCUCACGAACAAGUGGCUGAUGAAGGCCUCCAUGAACACGAAAAGGCGCGGGAUCGCCCUGGCGGCCCUGGGGGGCCCCAUCUACGCCAUCGGGGGCCUGGACGACAACACCUGCUUCAGCGACGUGGAGCGCUACGACAUCGAGUCGGACCAGUGGAGCCCGGUGGCGCCCAUGAACGCCCCCCGGGGAGGGGUCGGCUCCGCGGCCCUGGCAAGCCACGUCUACGCGGUGGGCGGCAACGACGGGGUGGCCUCGCUGUCCAGCGUGGAGCGCUACGACCCGCACCUGGACAAGUGGACGGAGGUCAAGGCCAUGGGGCAGCGCAGGGCCGGCAACGGCGUCAGCGAGCUGCACGGCUGCUUGUAUGUCGUGGGCGGGUUCGACGACAACUCUCCGCUGAGCUCUGUGGAGCGCUACGACCCUCGGACCAACAGGUGGGACCAAGUGGCCGCGCUCACCACCCCCCGGGGCGGGGUGGGCAUCGCCACCGUCAUGGGCAGGAUCUUCGCCGUGGGCGGCCACAACGGCAACUCCUACCUGAACACGGUGGAGGCCUUCGACCCCGGGCUCAACAGGUGGGAGCUCGUGGGCUCCGUGUCCCACUGCCGGGCCGGAGCGGGCGUGGCCGUGUGCGCCUGCCUCACCAGCCAGAUCCGCGACGUCGGCCACGGGGCCAGUAACGUGGUGGACUGCAUGUGACGGCGGCUGGAUGGCAGCGACGACCCUGGCACAGUGCCGCGAGCACCGGAGUCCCCCUGCGGCAGGAGCCGGCGCACCCUGGCUGGAGGCGGGGAGCGGGUCAGACCCGGCACUUUGCCCGCGGCAGGAGGCGCGUGUGGCCUUGGAGGGCACCUGCUCUGAGAGCGUGUAGAGCAGCCCUCGGGGGUCUCCCUAAAACAGAGUUUGUUUGUUUUUAAAUAAAUCAAAAUACGAAGCCGA